AUGGGGCCAGAGCCAUUUCCGGAGAAGGAUUUGUUGGUGCAGGAUCUGUUUCUGCAUGGCACGGUGGACUGGGAUCAUGAUAAAGUCUGGUCUCUGUUUCCCAACUAUGCUCUGGAAAUCUUAGCUAUAAAACCCAGUAGACUGGGAGCUUCAGAUAAGAGAGUUUGGUUAGCUUCGUCUGAUGGGCUAUACACAACAAAGUCCGGGUAUGCUAUUGCAAGAGAGGAAAUGUCCAGCUUGGAUCACCACAAAGAUUCUGGUGGAUGCGAUUGGAUUAAAGAGGUUUGGGGAAUUAAAUCCUCUCCAAAAGUAAAACACUUCUUGUGGAAAGCGUUGGCAGGAGCUAUUCCUACUGGUUUACAAUUAGUAUCAAGAGGAAUGCAAGUGGAUUCGAGGUGUAUCCGCUGUAAUGAACCAGAAUCUGUUUGUCACUUACUAUUCAACUGUCCUUUUGCAAAACAGGUUUGGAAGUUGACCCCUCUGGUGAGUUUGGAGGAGAUUCUUGCGGUCAAUGAAGUGCAUAAGGGACUGAGCUGGCUCAGGGAGAAGAAGUGCUUACCACCCACAGGGCUUAGUAAAGGUUCCCUCUAUACUUGGAUAUGUUGGAAUCUAUGGCUGGCUAGGAAUCAGAAGGUGUUUAGCAAUAGAGUUUUCUCUGAAGCAAAGACUCUGCUAAAGGCAGUUCUAGACGCUAAAGAAAGGCAAGAAGCCCAAGGAGAAGCUACCACCUCUGGAGGAAUCAGAGGUUUUCCACCUCAAGGGAUCAGUUCUGUUGUGCCAUUUAGCUCAUCCGUGAAGUCUGAUGCAACUUGA